GACUUCUCCCCUCCAGAUGAAUCACGUGCAGGAACGUUUUGGAGAGGACACAAACAAAGAGAUCCUGCUCUUGUGCAUCGGCAUCACUUCCUGCUUGGGGCGGUUUAUCUUCGGCAGCGUGGCGGACUUCGUCAAGGGAUCCAAGAAAGUGUACCUGCAGGUCAUUUCUUUCCUCAUCAUCGGCGUCAUGUCCAUGAUGAUCCCCGUGUGCCAGAUCUUUGGAGGGCUGAUUGCCGUGUGCCUCCUGAUGGGGCUGUUUGACGGCUGCUUCAUCUGCAUCAUGGCCCCCAUCGCCUUCGAGUUGGUCGGAGCCAAAGAUGUUUCUCAGGCCAUCGGCUUUCUGCUCGGCCUGAUGUCCGUUCCCAUGGUUGCAGGUCCUCCAAUCGCAGGGUUCCUGAGGGACAAACUGGGAAGCUACGACGUGGCCUUCUACCUGGCAGGCAUCCCCCCCAUCAUCGGGGGGCUGGUGUUGUGCCUUAUACCCUGGGUGGAGGCCAGGAACAAGAGGAAGCAAAAGGAGGAGGGCCUGAGCAAAGAGCAGGGCGUCAGCCAGAAGAUGAUAGAGGAUGAGAAGCAUCAGGAAGAAGCUAAGAACAAAAUAGGAGAUUCUGUUCUCUAAGGAACUCCAUAUGCCCCCAAAAACCCCCAAACAAACUGAAGAGACAAUCAUUUGGUCAGCCUGGGGGGUCAGUGCUGACCAGCAGUGUUAAAAUGCUUUUCCUUUGUGUUUUUAGACAAAAUUUUAAUGACUUCCUUGGAUGAUGAAAUUCCAAAGCCAUACAUAUCGAAGUUAAAGUGUUUGAAUGAAAGCUGAGAGAAAUGUGAUCCUGAUCCUUAGACCUCACUAUAAAGCUGCUCACUCAGUCCUCAGUAUCUUUACCAACUUCCACAAGUUUCGCCUGGCAGCUUAAUCUGCAAAAAAGGCUCUGCUUGACACUACCAUGUAGCUGAAACAUGUGGCAUAAUCCAAGCAUCAGGAUUAAACAAGGGGAAAGAGUUCAGCUCGCUUUCUGCUUUGCUUUAUGUCAGGAUGAAGGAAUGGGCUCCUGAGCCUCUUACUUAACGGGCUCCUCUGUGUUUCGCUCAGGGGCCGCUCAUAUCUGAAAGGGACAUUCGUUAACCAGAGAAAUCUCUGAGAUUUAUCUUAAUUUGUGACAUUUUCGAGGUAGAUUUUCCCCCACAGGCUAUGAUGGCGGUUAACUGGAGGUUUGUGUCUCUAACUGAUCCGUCCCAUCAGCUCAUGCUGCAUCCAGAUAUACAUCCUGGUCGUCCUCCAUUUUAUUUUGUAAAAAAGACCCAAAUUACAUU